AUGGCAAAUUCAACACGACAAUGUUAUUUUCCUAACGGUACUCCAUCUGGUGAUGUCCCGUGCUCCUCCGAUGAGGCGACUGGAUGUUGCACCUCAGGGGAUAUAUGCCUAUCAAACGGAAUUUGUCUGAACGUUGCCCAUCAACCCUACGUGGCGUCUCGGGGGAGUUGCACAGACAAAGAAUGGGGUAAUGGAUGUCCACGGUACUGCAAGGACGUCAAUCGGGACGGAGGCUGCUCCAUCAUUAACCUCACCUACAUAAACGGUAUAGCGACAUAUUGCUGCGGCACUCCUAUCACAAAUGGGACGAAUGUCAUCUGUCCAGAAGGAAUGGACAGCUUCCAGAUCGCAACGGGGCACGCACUAACCGGCGUGGCUCUCUUGAGCAAUGUUUCCUCAUCGCCAGCAACAACGGCACCUUCUUCCUCGGAUACGGCGGCACAAUCUUGUCAUGAUACUGCGAUUGGAGCUGGAGUGGGAGUUCCCCUGGGAGUCAUCGCGUUGAUGGCACUGACAUGGGCGCUGUUCGAACGAAAAGCGAGACGAGCAAUGCGGACACAAGUACCGCAAACCGUAGUAGUGUCAGACGACAAGCACGCGCCAUAUACGCGCAAUCAUAACGGGCCCCCUUCAGAACUACCGCAAACACGCGAUGUUGCUGAACUCAUGGAUAGGAAUGAAUAA